GUCAAGCACCGGCUGUUCAUGGAACAACAAUCCAUUUCAGCUUUGACUUUGCCAAGCACUAUGAACAUCAAGUGGGACUAAUAGUUUUCCAAACGGCCAGGAAGUGCGGUUGCUGUGAAUAUUCAUAAUUUUUGUUCAAGAUGGAAAUACAACGUACAGUAACAGUUGGAUUGACAAUAACUAUUAUCUAAAUCAUGUUUAAGUUAAAGAAACUAAAUAUGGAUGUUUUUAAACUGAGAAAUAGACGGGACUUUGUAUAUUGUCUGGUAGUGCUUCUGCAAAUAUGCUCAGUAUCUGCCUCCGACGAUGAGUUAUGCCCUCUUUCUUGCGAAUGCACCAGAGAGGAUAACACAACAGACGCUCUUAAUGUUGUGUGUGAUUCAUUCUACCAAUUCACAGGAAAUAUACCAGCAAAUACAAAAUACUUGGUUUAUCAAAACUCCAGGUUUGACUAUCUACCGAUGAAUGCAUUUAUGGACUACAAACUCCUGAAGAGCAUUUCGUUUGUAAAUGCAAGCAUUGGAACGGUGAGAGCAUGCUCAUUUGCUGAACUUGAAAGUAUGGAGAGGAUAAGCUUCGAAAAAUGCCAGAUUGAUGUUAUACAGGGCAAUGCAUUCUCGAACUUGGGCAAUAUUGAUGAAGUGAUAUUCCGUGAGGUUAGUGUUAACGAUAUCACAUCCUUUGCAUUUCAUAAUUUGACCCACUUGGACUAUCUUACAUUUGAAAAAGUAUACAUUCGACUGAUCAACAGAUAUUCGUUCCAACAACUAAAUAACAUCAAACGAGUGAAGUUCGCAAAUUCCCGUAUCGAUUAUUUAAGGACCAGUGGUUUCUCAAAGAUCGCAAACUUGACCGAUGUACAGUUUUUAAAUAUUUCGUUUGGAUCUCUACACUGCAAUACACUGGACACACUCGCCGAAAACACAAACACUAUGACCAUGACCAAUCUCCUAUUCAACUGCACCUGUGGAUUAGCCUGGAUGUGGAAGGAGUUCAGCAAUGAAUCUUCUAUUUCACCAUUUGCAAGCCAAAAUGGAAACACGUGCGCGGGUAAGGGCGACAUUUCGGGCAUAGGCGUUGCACAGGCGUGCCCAGAUGCUGAUUCACGUGGCGAAGGAUGUCAGCCAUUACUUCCUUCUCCUCCACAUUCGUGUUCAAAGAACUAUGACGAACCUUUGAACCCAGUGACCAAGGUGCCCUACCCAACGUCAUCAAAACGGUCAAACACAGCUGCAACAUUCAAGAUCGAUAAAUAUAUUAUCAUGCAAUUUAUGUUGGUACUAGUGUGUUGUAACUAUGGGAUCUGAAAUUAAAGCGUCUCCAUUAUGAACAUUGACAUUUUCGUGCAUCAAAUGCACAUUGACAUAAUAAGUUUUGUCUUGUGUUUCAGUGUAUGCUAUAAAUGUAUUAUUCAUAACAGUAAUCUCGAAGUAGAAAGUGGUCAAGCCCUUUAUCGGUUUGCGUCAAACAUUUAGGAAUGUUGUGCGCCUUUUUGUGUCAAGUAAUGAGUUUCAAAACAAUAGCUGUCGAAUUAUAUUUGAUGUUAAUUUCUUAAAUAUUAAUUAUUACUUUGUUAGAUAAUGAUUAACAAACCUAGUGAUUUCUUGGUAGUGUAUCAAUUCCCGCUUCCAAAAAGUUUGUAUCUUGUAUACUAAUUGUAUGAUGUUUGUAUUGUGUGCAUACACAUGUAGUUUACGUACUGAUUGUGAAAAUGAUGUGCUUUUUUCAAUCAAUCACCUUGUCCUGACAUAUAUUGCCUUUGUCAAGUUGCGGUCGAUGCUUUUAUCGAAUGUUGUCAAGUUGCGGUAGAUGUUUUCUCAUAUGUACAAAUCAGUUCGCUACAUCGCCUCCUUAUUAAACUUCAUACACAAAGUAUACCAACGUUAAUUUAUGAAACACACAACUGAAUAGUUGUCGACCAACUUCACGACAUUGACAUUUAUUAAAACAACGUGUUUAACAUCAACACUUGUUAACUUGAUGAAUUUCGAAUGUGCCAGUCAGGUGCGCAAGCACUGAUAUUGCCGUAAAUUAAUUGUUUCAUGUAUAGCUUGGUAUCGUGUUUGGAGUAUUUGCUUAAGGGCCUUCCACAUUUCCGAUUUCAAGACAUUUCAGGAAUAUACGAAUGCUUUUUUAAAAGAUCAAAUCUUUCUUCAUAACAUUUUCUAAACUCCUUAUUACAGCUACACAUGUUGAAACGGAUUUAAGUAUUAUGCUUGCUAUAUAUUAAAUCUUAAAACUAAAUAAAAAUGAUUUUUUGAAACAUUUUAUUUUUUGGUCUUUCAAGGGGCUUUUGAACUGUGGAAGGCCUUUAACUGUUUACUGUGGUAAAAUAAACCGAUUUUGAGUCGAAAUGACAUAAAUUUGUGGUAAUGUUACCAUAUAGUUUGCUAAACGGAAUGCCAUGUAAUCCUUAUCAUAGUAACUUUCGCGAUACUUGCUUCAUCUCAAAAUGUUACUUCUAUCCAAUCAAGUGUAACUCGUAAAUGAUUAUAGAAUUCAGUUAGCGGUAAGGCAUUGGUAACCUAACUUAAAUCAACCUUAUAAGGCGUUUUAUAAGGAAACUGAAUUGAUAACUUUUGCAUGGUUUCAUUCUUCAUUAUUUUUUUAUAUUUGAUUGGGAAUUCAUCGGCAAAUUAUUAACCCUCCUUCUCGAACAGCGUAGUAUAGUGAAUUCGUUUCGAAAAUUGUCCGAGUCGAGACCUCCAUCCACCUUUUGCAUCCAUGAAACUGCUUCUUUCUUUAACAUUUAAUUAUAUAUUUGUAAUCUACAAUGAAGAGUUUGUUUUGGACUUUUUUUGUAACAAAUAAACAGUAAUCUGACA